UGUCACUGUCAAUUUUUUUCUACAUAAUUUUUAGGUUAUGAGUCAAGCUAACAAUUACAAAAAUAAAUCUUUGGAAGUUCUGAUGGUUCUGAAUCUCUUCUCGAUAACGUUUUUUGUGUUUUUCCUGUCCAUUCAAGCUCAGUUUUUCUAGAUUUGAACAAGGUGGUAAUUACAUAAAACCAAAAUGAGUUACAUGUUAGGACAUUUACACAAUGGGUGGCAAGUAGACCAAGCCAUAUUAUCUGAAGAGGAUAGAGUUGUGGUCAUAAGAUUUGGCCACGAUUGGGACCCAACCUGCAUGAAGAUGGAUGAAGUGUUGUAUAGUAUUGCUGAAAAAGUCAAGAACUUUGCAGUCAUCUACUUGGUGGACAUCACAGAAGUUCCUGAUUUUAAUAAAAUGUAUGAACUGUACGACCCAUGCACAGUGAUGUUCUUCUUCAGAAACAAGCACAUAAUGAUAGAUCUGGGUACGGGCAACAACAACAAGAUCAACUGGCCACUCGAGGACAAGCAGGAGAUGAUAGACAUCAUUGAGACGGUGUACCGAGGUGCUCGGAAGGGCAGAGGUCUAGUGGUGUCACCAAAAGACUACUCUACCAAAUACAGAUAUUGAACUGGUACCUGUGAGCUUAUUUUGCUCUGUAAAUGGUUGAUCUUUGAUAUUGCUCGAGAGAUAAGGGGCAGAGGUACAACAAAGUGAAAUUAUAUGGUCCUAAAGUUAGCGAAUUUAAUACCUCUACUUGUGUUCUUCAAAAACUAUUGUAAUUGAGAUAAACAAUAUAAACACUGGAACUUCCACUUUGUAACUAUGUGAAAAUGUUUAUACUUUUCAUGACAUACAUAGAUUAAUAUUUAAUAAUACAUUGUAAAUUAUGAAAACAUUGUGUAUUCCCAAAAAAUUGAUGAUGAGUCCUGCGCUGGAAUAGGUUUAGUAACAUAGCAUGAAUAGAUAUAACUUUGUAAAUAGAUAGAUAACGAAAUUGUGAUUAAAAGUGAUAUGAAAAUAAAAGACAUUCUCAGUUGUUCAUUACUUUACUUCAGAUCUCAUACAACAAAGUAGACUUGAAUACGGUUGCUCGGACCGAUUUUCAAAAAAUCACUUGUUAGUGUUACAAAAAAGUACUUAAAUCUUAACCAUAGAGUAUCCAUGUUGGAUGGAUCGAAGACAAGGGAAGAGGAGCCGCGGCGGCGGGGAACGUUGACUAGCGCGCCGCCGCGGCUUCGUCACAUACAGCAAGCUUUCACUUUGUUACAACACAUAUUGCACCGCUAAAUCAAAACUGUUUCAACUCAAAAACGUCAC